AUGAUCAACCCAAGGUUUUGCAAAAAUUCCCUGCUAUAUUUGGGAUUAUGUGCGUUCUUGCUGUUUCUCAAUAACUAUUUUGUUGUGUAUGAGGAGGUUCAGGAGAAAGAUUAUCUCAAGAUUGCAAAAAAUUGUCGAGAUCCUAUAGCUUAUUCCAAUGAAUCUCUAUUCGAGCUUACAAGAUGUAGUGUAGAUAAUUCGUUGUUUUUGAGUUGUGUGAAGAGCUCGGGUGAUGUUUUCUUCCCGUUUUCAUUCAUAAAAAAAAGGUUCGAUCUUACUGGAAGAGUUGGAAAAGAUGAUGUUUUUGAGUGGGUUACAUCUUAUGCUAAACUGAAACUACCAGAAGGCGUUUAUGACCCUCAGGGUUCUUUCGGUCAUUUCUCUACUUACAACGUCGAAAAUAGAGACAGGGUUAAGUGUAUUAGUGGCGAUACAGGAGUUCCCAUGUCGAUUCAAUGGAGUUCAACUCCAUACUAUUAUCCAAUCCAAAUAGCUCAGUAUGGUUUGCAACAUUACAGUAGAUUUAAAACUGCCAACACAAGUUCUAAAUCUGUUGUGGUUGGAGAACAAAGUAAGGAGUGGAAUGGGUCACCUGGUGAAACAGACUCAAGUGAGCGCAUAUUCUAUCAGGACCCUGAUAAGGGUGCAAUAGUUAACAUCACAUCCCCAGGAUCUCUGAAAAGUCCAGGAUGCUAUUUGUACCUGAAUGAAGAUCCCGAACUUCAUUUCAUAAAUUUUGAGUGGCUUCCUUACUCAAAUAGCUCUUUUACUAUUCUGGUCAAAAUUCUCAGAACGAAUUCAGUGUUACUUUUGAACUACGUGGAGGGAUCAGAUAGUCGUUGUAUAUGGUUAGAAUCGGAGGACAAAAUAGAAGAUCAACUUUCCUUCAAUAUAGCCUUGGGAACAUUGGAGAGUAAGUGGUAUGUGAUUACUAGAGACGUUCUCGCCGAUGUCAAUCGCGCUCUAUCUUCAAUAUACGGAAAUAAGAAGAAGAAAGAUGAGAAUAUGACCACACUUCAUGCAUCUGAAAUAAAAAUUGUGACCAUUGGUUUCCGUGGUUACUGUUGUGUCAAACAGGCAAUAGAGCAAUCUUCCUCUGCUUCCGAAGAUUCUUUUCUGAAAGCUGCAGAGUGGUUCAGUGAAAACCAAGACUCCACAGGAGGCUGGCCGGUCCCCGUGGAACGUUCUAUUGCCGAAAAGCGUUUGGUUUUACCUGCUGGAUGGCAUUCUGCAAUGGCCCAGGGUCAUGGACUAUCUCUGUUGUCGCGGGCAUUCAUUUAUACGGGUGAUAGGAAGUAUUUGGAUGCCUCGAUACGAGCUCUGGAUUUAUUUGAGAAGCCUGCCAGUGAUGGAGGAGUAUUGAAUUUGUUUUUUAAUCAUUCAUGGUAUGAAGAGUAUCCUACUAGUCCGGGAACCUUUGUUCUAAAUGGAUUUAUGUAUUCCUUAAUAGGCUUGUAUGAUAUGAGCUCUUUGAAGAAAGAUUUCGAUAAUACAACUGUCGCCUCCGGUGUUGGUAAAGCAAAGCACUUGUUUCAAAAAGGAUUUGAAUCUCUUAGGGAGCUACUUCCACUUUUUGACACAGGAAGUGGUUCAAUUUAUGAUCUGCGUCAUGUUGGCCUUAAAACAGUUCCAAAUUUAGCAAGGUGGGACUAUCAUGCUGUUCAUAUUUAUCUUUUGAAAUGGUUAGUGAAGAUCACGGGUGAUCAAUUUCUAGAUUCCGUCGCAGAUAGAUGGAUAGGUUAUACUCAUGGCAAACGGGCCAAACACAAUUGA